AUGAUCUUGGCUGCUGAGAAUCCGCAACUUGAAAAAGCAAAUCGUGCGGCUCAUCGCAAAGCAGAGGCUCAAGUUCGAUCGAUCGUCCUCAAUCUAUGCGGUAUCGCUUUGAAUCACCUACGAGUGCAACCCUUCUUGGUAAACGCAGUCAUUGCUAUUACCCUGUACGGUGAUUACUUAACCAAUCAUGAGGAGCGCGAGGCAUUAGGUGGUAUCAUCAACCGGACAAGUGACUUACAUGUGUGGCAGAUGAAAAGCCAUAUCAGACUCCGCUACGACGAUGGGAAGCAGCCGACGGUGGAUAACGAGGGUAGUCAAGAAGGUAGCCAAGAGGGCAAGGAAGAGGGCAAGGAAGAGGGCAAGGAAGAGGGCAAGGAAGAGGGCAAGGAAGAGGGCAAGGAAGAGGGCAAGGAAGAGGGCAAGGAAGAGGGNAAGGAAGAGGGCAAGGAAGAGGGCAAGGAAGAGGGCAAGGAAGAGGGCAAGGAAGAGGGCAAGGAAGAGGGCAAGGAAGAGGGCAAGGAAGAGGGUAGGAAAGAAGGAUACUUUAGGCAUAUAUAA